CCGGCCGCUUCGCGCCCUUCCGCCGCUAUGAAUUAUUCUCGGUUCACCACUGCUGUGAGUGCAGCAAGAAAAGCAUCUCCGAUAAGAGUCCUGAUUGAAACCUAUGGAGACCUGCCAGAACUGGAGCAUGAGACAUACAUCAGCAGUUAAGCCUUCAGGGGUCAAUUUCCUCUCUUGCUGAAUUGAUGCAGAAAUCUCCUCCAUCUCUCAUCUCUCUGGCUGGAGGGGCACCAAAUCCUAACCUUUUUCCAUUUAAGAGGGCAACUGUUGACAUUGGACAUGGAACUCCUAUUGAGAUUGGGGAAGAUCUGAUGAAGAGAGCUCUUCAGUACUCAGCCUCAGCAGGGAUUCCAGAGCUGUUGUCUUGGCUAAAAGAUUUCCAGCGGAGCCUACAUGAUCCCCCCACAGCCAAUUACAGUCCUGAGCAAGGACAAAUGGAAGUGUGUGUCACAACCGGCAGCCAGGAAGGCUUGUGUAAAGUGUUCGAAAUGCUCAUUAAUCCAGGGGACAACAUCCUUUUGGAUGCACCCACAUACCCUGGGACACUAGCAGCUCUGAGACCCUUGGGUUGUAAUAUAAUUAAUGUUCCUAGUGACCAACAUGGCAUUAUUCCAAAAGCUUUGAAAGAAAUUCUGUCUACUUGGAGCUCAGAAGAUGUAAAAAAUCAUAGCCAUCACCUUCCUAAAUUCCUGUACACUAUUCCAAAUGGGUGCAACCCAACCGGCAACUCUCUGAGCACAGAGCGCAAGAAGGAGAUUUACCAGCUUGCAAGAAAAUAUGAUUUCCUCAUAAUAGAAGAUGAUCCUUACUACUUUCUUCAGUUUGAAAAGCCAUGGGCUCCAACUUUCCUCUCAAUGGAUGUGGAUGGCCGAGUUAUCAGGACCGACUCUUUCUCUAAAGUUCUCUCAUCUGGGUUAAGAAUAGGUUUUCUGACAGGUCCCAAGCCUCUUAUUGACAGAGUUGUUCUACAUAUUCAGGUUUCAACAAUGCACACCAGCACUUUCACUCAGAUUAUGAUAUCACAGCUGCUUCAUCAAUGGGGACAAAAGGGUUUCUUGGAGCAUAUUGACAGGGUGGUGGAUUUCUACAGGACCCAGCGGGAUGCAAUGCUCGUUGCUGCUGACAAGUGGUUAAAAGGCUUGGCUGAAUGGUACCCUCCUGCUGCUGGCAUGUUCUUAUGGAUCAAAAUUAAGGGUAUCUCUGAUACACAGCAGCUGAUAAUGGAAAAAGCUUUGCAGAAAGAAGUAUUACUGGUUCCUGGAGGAGCAUUUAAUAUCAAUAGUUCAGAGCCGAGUUCUUAUGUCAGAGCCUCCUUCUCUCUGUCUUCUCCUACUCAGAUGGAUCUGGCCUUCAAGAGACUGGCUGACCUUAUAAAAGAAUCUUUGUGAAAAAGCUAAAUAGAGCUCUUGCAGCAAUUAAAAUCAUCUCCAGAAAUAUUUAUUAACAUUUGGAUUUCAUCAGAACACUUUAUAAACAAGCACAAUACAGUAGAUGUUUCCUUAGAUAUUUUCAGCUAAAAAAAAGACAAAAAAUGGAAGUGAAAAACAAUUUGCCUGAUUUAUUUUGACGGGGCAUUUCAUUACUAAAUAUAUUACAAUUCAGAAAAAUUUAAAAUACUCAAAACCAAAUUGUUCUACUUCCUGUCAAAUCUAUGGUUUUGCUAGCUUCAAAUAAAUUUUUGUUCUGACUUUUAUUUUCCAUUUGGGUUGGGAAACAGAGAAGUCAGUUACUUAGGAAGUUGCACUUGAGGUGGUCUUAGCCACUGUUACUUAAUCUCAACUGAUACAUUCCUCCAGCAUCUUACAUUGGAAUUGUUUUGUGUGUCACUUUCCUUCUUGUCCUACUUUAUGGCAUCUGGUUUUGAGGAUUUGAGAAUCGGUAUUUAAUUUGACUAAAGUUUUGGCAGAUAAAACUGAUAUAAUGAUGUUAAAAAAAAAGAAACUGAUCCAGCAAAAUUAGGCUAUGAUUACAAAUAAAACUGUAUGGCCUGAGGUCCCUUGCAGUUUGCAUGGGCUUUGCAGCUCAUUCUCUAUUUUGUAAAAGGUUUUCUGAUUGCUGGCUUUUACCUCAGUCUGUGAAUAAUUACUCUGUACCUGUGUUAGAAAAUCUCUUGUCUGCAAAGGCAUGUAGAUGUGCUAAUAGAACAGUUCUUGGUUAAUCAGUCAGAUGUGUUUCUAAACAGAGUGCGUAAGUAACUUGAACAGAGGGCAUAGAAAUUCCAGCAUACAAUAAACAUGACCCAAAAUCCUGGGACAGGCCAAUGGUAUUUUACCUCUGUUAAUGCUUGAUUUUUUGGAUGAAACUGCAAGAAAGUAUUUUAAGUUCAUUAUUAACCAAAUGCAGAGAAAGUUCAAAGUUCUAUGUAAAUCAAGGAACAGAAAUACCUUCAUGUUAAUUUUUUCCAGAACAUUUCACAGUAUAUUCACUUGUUAUAUCAAUCCAGAUCUAAUAUAAGUUGAAAAUAAAAAGAAAAUAUAAUUUUGAAGGUAUUCUCCAAAUUCUGUUCAGCUAUAGGGAAUCUUCUAGCUGUAGUCAGAUUUGUUAAUGUAUUUCUGGGCUAUUCAUUCAUGAAACGAGUCAGCAAGACCCUUAUUCUUCUCCCAUGGUAACAUCUGAGCUUUGCAGGGUUACACAAUAGCUUCCAUAAUCACUAUGAGAAAAGUGAGGUACAGCAUGGUAUUCCUGGGAGCAAUGUUAGAAGAAUGAAAAUGUAUCCUUCUUUGCAUUUUUCAUUCAGAAUUAUUACAGUUCGAACACUGCAAUUGUUCUGUUCCUGUGUAACACACAGCCUAGAGUGGGCUGUUCAAAACUGUUAUUGAAUAAUAAAGAAAACAAGAUGGAUUAGGGCAUGCACCAGUACAGCUCAAUGGAGUUCUUUUACAUAUUUGCCCCAGUGGAUCACAAUCCAGAUUGCAACAGCAGGACUGAAAGUACUGUGGAUCUGUAGGUUACAAGAUUUUAAAAUACAGUGUUCCAUACAGAAACAAUUUUUAAAGGAUGAAGCUUAAAAUGGAACUUGCAUUCAUAAUUCAGGGGACAAUGCCCCAAAACUAAACCAACUGUUUUCAACAAUAACUCUACAAAUUCUUAGACACCACCACUGAUGCUCAGAGACUGACAUUCAGUUAGAUGAAAUAAUUCUCUACAUGCUCACAGUUCAACAUAAAAACUGUCUGUUUGUAUACGCACAUACGUUCUCUUUUCUAGUGAAUUCCCCAUAAAAAUCUUUUUUUCCUCAAUUAUUCAUUAAUCCUAGCUGUGCUGAAGGGCUCUUGUUUGAAAGUAAGGGGGAUAUUUUCCUUCAGAUCACUGACCUGUGUGAACCUAGAAUUUGUAAAUGUGUUUUAUGCAUAAUAAAUGGAAUUACGUUGAA